AAAUAUGUUUUGUACUUUUCGUUUAAUAGAUGGAUCGCUGGGAUUGACGACUCACAGAAAACUGAUGUGCAUUACAGGUCUCUGGACGGCGAAGGAAACUUCAACUGGCGUUUUGUAUUCCCAUUCAUGUUCCUCGCUGCGGAGAAAGUCCUGGUUGUUAGAAAGAAGGAACACUUUUGGAGUUUAGACGAAACAGAAGAACGUGUCCCUCCGCGCCUAGUCAUCCAAAUUUGGGACAAUGACAAGUUCUCUGCGGAUGACUUCUUAGGUCAGUUAGAGCUGAAUCUGAACCGUAUGCCCAAGCCAGCCAAGAGUGCCAGGAGGUGUAGUCUGCAGCAGAUACCCUCAUACGAGGAAGGAAGAGCCAGCAGCAGUGUAGAGACGGUGUCCUUGUUUGAGUCGAAGAGAGUAUACGGUUGGUGGCCUUGUGUGGCUCAGGAGGCAGGCGAGGAGAUGCAAUUAACGGGUAAAGUAGAAAUGGCCUUGGAGUUGUUGACCCACGACGAAGCUGAAGGAAAACCGGCUGGUAAGGGGAGAGAUGAACCAAAUCAGAACCCGACGUUAGACGAACCUAAUCGCCCAGCAACCUCGUUUCGGUGGUUCACAUCCCCUCUGAAGACUUUACGGUACAUUAUAUGGAGAAACUACAAAUGGAUCAUUAUUGGAGUACUUAUCACUCUACUUAUCGUGGCCGCCAUUGUUAUCUUCCUGUAUUCCAUGCCGGGAUACUCAGUGAAGAAGAUAUUCAACGUUUAAAUCGUCCCCUACGACGGAAAACUAACACAGCUCAAUACAAAGUCUAAUGUGUCGAAUUUAUACUACUAUUAUAAAGAAUGAAAUGUUAAUAGGAUUAAUAUAUUGGAAUGAAUAUUCAGUAUUAUGUUAAUCAGAAAAAAUUAGUGGGAGAUGCAAUGCAAUGACAAUUGAAUAGCUAUUACGUAAUUAUCAAAAGUUAUGGAAAUAUGUUUGAACCUUUGUUCAAAUUGUUAGGUAGUAACAAUGAAUGAUGAUUACAUAACUGGUCAUAUGUUUGUUAACCUAGUUACUCUUAUAUGCCCUACGUAAUGUUUUGACUCCUUUAUACUGGUGGCAUAGCUUUCAAUGGAAUCACUUAGGUUGAAAAAGGGUGCUUAGGAGUCUUUUCAGAGAAUUAUUUGAUUUUGCUUCAUCUCUGUUUGAUUUGCUUGUUUUCAAUGUGAAGCGACUGUUUCUUUCUUCUCGUGUUCCAUGCAUUUGCACUAUCCAAUUGAGGUUUGAGAUGUAAAUUCGAUAAAAACGUAGAGUAUUCGCCUUUUGCGUAGUUUUGUUUACUCUAGAAAUAGCGGGCGAAUAGAAAUAAUGUGUCUAACAUUUUGUCGCUGGCGAUGAAUCCCUUUCUGUAUUUGACCAGUAGACAAUGGAACAUGUAGGAAUGAAAGGGAAUUUCACAUUCAAAAAAUAAUUUCAAUGUAUUGUUGAAUGCUGAAACCAGCUGGUUUCUUAGGUAGUGGUCUAUUUUGCUCUCCCAUGGUUAAAUAUCCGUCACGCAAUCUCCAACUUUUUUACGUGACAUCCCUAUCAGAUGUCACGCAUCAAAAAUAUUUAAGGAGAGCGUGACGCUUAAUGUGAGGCCAUGUUACAAAAUGGGUCAAGUUAGCAUGUUAAAGGAGGAAAAAAUACUUUGACAGUUUCAAAGGACAAAGUUAAUCUUUUAGAACUGCUACUUGUCUAGCAAUGUUUAGUAGUGCGAACGGAUAACUCAAGUAUAAUAGUAUUAAACAUGAACUGAUAUGACAUGAAUUCUUCCUUGGAAAAUUUUGAAAUAUAGCAUUUGACAAUGAGUCCUUAGGUUAGCCGCGGGAAUGAAUAUAUUAUUGAGAAAAUGUAAUUAAUCUUUGUGGAUACAAUUCCAUUUCUCAAGUUAAUUUCUUAAGCGUUGUUAUCAAUUGAUACAUCCAUUCAGGAUGGGUGCGUCAAUUGUUUGCAUUUUGUUAAAUAAUCAAUUAUUUUUUCAUUUGAAUAUUGCUUAACUAAGAACUAUCUGAGAUAGAAGGGUGUUAGCUUGUAGCUUCAAUAAAUAGGAUUUGUGCUCUCGAAUCAGAAA